AUGACAACUGCUCAAUUUGACUGUCAAUACUGCAUGGCAUCACUUCCUGGGAAGUAUGUACUGAAGGAUGACAAUCCAUACUGUGUUACUUGUUAUGAUCGUAUCUUUUCUAACUAUUGUGAGGAGUGCAAAGAACCAAUCGAAUCAGAUUCCAAGGACCUUUGUUACAAAGGCCAUCACUGGCAUGAAGGAUGUUUCAAUUGUGCCAAAUGCGAUCAGUCUUUGGUGGAAAAGCCUUUUGCUGCCAAGGAUGAGUGCCUGCUGUGCUCCCAGUACUAUUCUAACGAGUGCUCCUCCAAGUGCUUCCAUUGUAAGAAGACCAUCAUGCCUGGUUCUUACUUUGGGGGUGCAGGUUCCCGAAAAAUGAAAUUUAAGGGAAACUACUGGCAUGAAACCUGCUUUGUGUGCGAGCAUUGCCGACAGCCAAUAGGAACUAAACCUCUGGUUUCCACAGAGAGUGGCAAUUAUUGUGUGCCGUGUUUUGAGAUGGAGCUUGCUCACUACUGCAGCUUUUGUAAGAAGGUGAUUACUUCGGGUGGGAUAAUGUUUUGUGACCAGCCAUGGCAUAAAGAGUGUUUUCUGUGCAGUGGCUGUAGGAAAGAGCUCUGUGAAGAAGAGUUUAUGUCCAGAGAUGAUUAUCCAUUCUGCUUGGACUGCUACAACCAUCUUUAUGCCAAAAAGUGUGCCACCUGCACCAAGCCUAUUACUGGUCUCAGAGAUGUCAAGUUUAUCUGCUUUCAAGACCGCCAGUGGCACAGCGAAUGCUUUAACUGUGGGAGGUGCUCAGUCUCCUUGGUGGGGGAAGGCUUCCUGACUCACAACAAGGAAAUCUUCUGCCACAAAUGUGGCUCUGAGGUGGACACUGACAUGUAGAAGGAGACAGUCCUUCCCCACCUGAAAUCCACCUUGCUUUUGUUCUCACUAAAUCCAGAACUCGAUCGAUGUUGUACUUCUGACUUAAUUUUUAGAAAAAAUCCAAGUAGAGUUUAUAGCGGAAGAGUUUUUGCACACAGUCUGAUUGAACUAUGUUAUAAGAGCUCAAAAAAAAAAAAAACAGUCUAACAGAAAUGAAUAUAUACUAAGUCA